AUGAACAAGAAAAGAUCGUCGGACGCGAUUGUACCAAAGAGCAGCAAAAGAUCGUCGGACGCGAUUGUACCAAAGAGCAGCAAAAGAUCGUCGGACGCGAUUGUACCAAAGAGCAGCAAAAGAUUGGCGGACGCGAUUGUACCAAAGAGCAGUAAAAGAUCGGCGGACGCGAUUGUACCAAAGAGCAGCAAAGGAUCGGCGGACGCGAUUGUACCAAAGAGCAGCAAAAGAUCGUCGGACGCGAUUGUACCAAAGAGCAGCAAAAGAUCGUCGGACGCGAUUGUACCAAAGAGCAGCAAAAGAUCGUCGGACGCGAUUGUACCAAAGAGCAGCAAAAGAUCGUCGGACGCGAUUGUACCAAAGAGCAGCAAAAGAUCGGCGGACGCGAUUGUACCAAAGAGCAGCAAAAGAUCGUCGGACGCGAUUGUACCAAAGAGCAGCAAAAGAUCGUCGGACGCGAUUGUACCAAAGAGCAGCAAAAGAUCGUCGGACGCGAUUGUACCAAAGAGCAGCAAAAAGAUCGGCGGACGCGAUUGUACCAAAGAGCAGCAAAAGAUCGGCGGACGCGAUUGUACCAAAGAGCAGCAAAAGAUCGUCGGACGCGAUUGUACCAAAGAGCAGCAAAAGAUCGUCGGACGCGAUUGUACCAAAGAGCAGCAAAAGAUCGUCGGACGCGAUUGUACCAAAGAGCAGCAAAGGAUCGGCGGACGCGAUUGUACCAAAGAGCAGCAAAAGAUCGUCGGACGCGAUUGUACCAAAGAGCAGCAAAAGAUCGUCGGACGCGAUUGUACCAAAGAGCAGCAAAAGAUCGUCGGACGCGAUUGUACCAAAGAGCAGCAAAAGAUCGGCGGACGCGAUUGUACCAAAGAGCAGCCAAAGAUGGUCGCACCUGUAGGGCACGAGGGCGUCGCGGCCGGCGCGCUGUCGGCGGCGCAGCCCGCGCGCCGGCGUUGCGCGUGCGCCGCACCCGCUCGCAGCCCGCCAGGUCGCACAGCCGCACGCUCGACGCCCGGCACCCCUGCUCUGCUCGUGGGUCGCCCA